AUGUGGUUUGAAUAAAACGGCCGUUUUCGAUUCGCCGUACGGCCCCCGUUGAGCAAAUGUGACUGAGGAAUUAGCAUGGUCGAAGUUCACUUAUGCAGACCGUGGACCCUGAAAAAAAAUGCAGUAUCUGAGUCUCUUAGUACACCGUUUGCAGUUUAUACUCGAAGGUGUAUGACCAAGCCCUUGCGCUUGUAAGCAAAGCUCACAUUUUUAAAAAUAAAAAAUCUAUCAUCUAAACACAGGAGGAUUAAAAUCCACGGCAAGCUACUCUCCUCGUGUCGAUCGAUAUAGCCUACUUCCACCAUGACCACCAAUGGAGCACUCGGGACGAACGGGGACACCAACCACAAAAAACCCCGUGUCCUCAUGUGGUGCGUGCCUCGGUCUGUGUCGACGGCGAUGACGAAAUGCAUGAGCUUCGUCGAGGGCGCCGAGAUCUGGUUGGAACCGUACGUCAUCAGCAAGGCAGCCGAAGACACCCAUAACAUAUACCAUCCCGAGAGCGUCUUCCCCUUGGAGCUGGACGGAAAUGUCGAUGUGUUCAGGGAAGCUGCAAUAAAGUUGACGAUCGGAGGGGACGAUUUCGACCAAGAGCACCUCGAUUUGUUAUCACCGGUGACGCUGAAGCAGAAGUUCGACAAUAUUGAUCCUUCUAAAGAAUUCGUCUUCAUCAAAGACAUGGCAGUCGGGAUGCCACCGAGUCGCUAUCCGUAUCUACCCGAUCGAUCCAGUGGAUUCAAGCACUUCUUCCUCAUACGGCAUCCCGUUAAAGCUUACAAGUCGUUGCGCGCGAAACUUCUGAACUUUCUUCUCACAGCUGAUCCUGAGUUAUUGGAGAGUGCCGGUAUGAAGAAACCCGAUGAGAAGACGUUUCAUGUCGUCAACGACGUGCCUCCGCCUCGAGAAGGAACGCAAUACAACUACGAGGCAGUUCACCAACUCUGGACCCACAUCAAGAGGACGGUCGACGACGACCCGGUGAUCGUGGACAUCGACGAGGUCCUGGAGAAUCCCUCGGCGAUGUUGCCGCGGAUGUGCGCUGCGUUGGGGAUCCCGUACUCCGAUAGCUUGCUGUCGUGGGACGCGUCGUCCGACGUCGUCCUGAAAUGGAAGAGCUCGUGUUCGAACGUCCGUGAUUCUCCAAGGUAUGCCAUGUGGUUCGACAAUGCCUUCAAAAGCUCAUGCUUCAAGGCCUCAUCCACCACGGCAUCACUUGAUGACGCUAGUGACGACAUCAAAGAAAUUGUCGAAAAGGAAAUGCCUUUCUAUGAAGAAAUGUAUAAUCUACGAAUAACAGUCUAAAACAAUUUUCUUUUCCUUACCCGGGGAGCGUUUCAUGAAAGAACUUGAUGCGACAAGUCCUGUUUUAUCCGACAG